CUACCCCCUGGGGAUAAGACACGAUUAGCUAGCUAUUAUUCUCUUUGAGACGCCACCAUCACUCGCUAGUCCCACAUAGUUAAAGAUGGCAAAUGAAGAAUGACCCACCCGGAGGCCUCCUGCCCAAUCUAGCCAUAUGGAUCACAGGUCACCAUGCUCGAUGUAGUUCCACACCACUCUAGCUUCGCUGAGACACAGAGAUGGGGAAACUGCAGAGCAAGAUCCGACGCCGCUCUGACCUGUACAGGGCUUCCAGAGAGGACGGGACGGACAAUGUUCCCGUCCAGCAGGUGGUGCAGUACGAUCCUGCCCACACAGACGCCAUCAACUGUGUCACCACCAUUUCGUCUGACCUGUGUGUAUCUGGGGGGAGCGACCAGGUGGUCGUUGUGUAUGACUGGAGAGCUGGAAGGUUGUGCCAAUCAUUCCACGGCCACAGCAGAGAGGUCACCAAGGUGAAGGGUGUCCCUGGAACUAGCUUGAUCUUCAGCGCAUCCCGUGACAAGACUGUUCUGAUGUGGGAUAUGAACUCUGGAGAUGGGCCCCUGAAGGAAUUCUGUGGGCAUGAACUGGUGGUCAAUGGGCUGGCCAUAAGUCCAGAUGGAUCGCGGAUGUGCACAGGGUCCCGGGACAACUCCAUGUGCUUAUGGGACAUAGAGUCUGGGGAGUGUCUCCAGAAGAACACCAUCUCCCGAAACCUGGUGACUCACGUGUGCUGGGUACCUGGGGGCACCUCCAUUGUCCAGACCUCUGAGGAUAAAACAAUCAAGGUGUGGGACAGUCGCAGCUGGCAGGUCACCAACACAUUUCCAGCGAAGCAGUACAUCCAGACCCACUGUGACGUCAGCUCCAACUCGAACUACCUUCUGUCCAGCAGCAACGGCUUCGGGGGUCAGGGCUGCGAGGCCACGCUGUGGGACCUCAGGCAGCCAGGCUGUAAGAUGGUGGAGUACAGGGGCCACCUGCAGACAACUGCCUGCAGCAUCUUCCUCCCCUCCAGCCAUGGGUCUCCGGCCAUGGUGGCCACCUCCUCACAUGACUGCUCCAUCAAAAUCUGGGACCAGAACACCGCAGUCUGCCUCUGCACCCUGACGCUGAGCAGUGCUGGGCCACUAGUCUCGCUGACUCCAUGCGACGUCAGCAGCCUCAUCUGCGCCAGCUUCAACACGGGCCUCCACCUGCUGCAUCUGAGCCACGGCGCUGGGCUGGACCUCAAGGAGGUGGCCAGGUUCUGAUCCGAGGGCCACGCCCCAGGAACGAGGUGCCAGACUGCACCCGGGAAAGGGGAUGAGGGCUGGUGGGGGUGGAUAGCUCCAAAAAACUUGCAAAGAACUCCUUCCCCUCCACAACACAAGCCCCCAGCCAGGUUGGACUAACCCCCCCCCAGCUGUGGGACCAACCAGCCCAGGUUCUGAACCUCAGUGUAGCUCUGUAGCGCAGCUCAGUCACCCAUCGGCAGCGUUCCAGAAUGUGGCGCAGCACGGAUUAUGUUGGUAGCAAUAAGUAGCGGAUUGUAACUAAGCUCAGGAAGAAGGAGAAAAUGGGGGAGAUGGGCUGGCUUGUCUAGAACUAAUGAACACGCAAAGACAUAAUAACAGUCACUUCAAGACAAAUUAUGUUAUAUCUCAGGAAUACUACCGAGCCAGUCAGGCAUCAGCGUUUGUCAUGCUACCCUAGUGUGUAGAAAUAGCAGUGGGGCCCCAGCUGUCACACAGGAUAACUUAGCCAGAAUGUUAUUUCAGCUGGGGACAUACUCAGUAAGC